UUGAAAACCUGCAACUAAUUCGCAGGCAACAGAGCAACCAACCGAUUGUGAGAAUCCAUUUCUUUCGAAGACAAAUUUCUGUCCAUCAAUGGCGCUCUUCAACCUCGUCACCAAGGCCGCAGUUCGUUCCACAUCGCAAUCACUGCUCAACACGCUUCGUUACAUGAGCAAUGUCCCUGAAAACACGGUCUACGGCGGCCCGACAUCGAACACUCCAAACCAGAGAGUCACUCUCACCAAUCUGAAACAAAAGUACAAGAAAGGCGAACCAAUCACCAUGGUCACUGCUUACGAUUACCCCUCCGGGGUCCAUUUGGAUAUGGCCGGCAUUGAUAUUGCUUUGGUUGGCGAUUCGGCUUCCAUGGUAGUACACGGCCACGACACCACGUUGCCUAUUACCUUGGAUGAAAUGCUUGUUCAUUGCAGGGCUGUGGCUCGUGGGGCUAGGAGGCCGCUUUUGAUCGGCGACUUGCCCUUUGGUACCUACGAAUCCAGCUCCGUUCAGGCUGUUGAUACGGCAGUACGAGUUUUGAAGGAAGGGGGAAUGGAUGCAAUAAAAUUGGAAGGGGGUGCACAUUCUAGAAUAACAGCAGCAAGAGCUAUAGUCGAAGCAGGAAUUGCGGUAAUGGGGCACGUUGGGCUUACUCCACAAGCCAUUAGUGUUCUUGGAGGAUUUAGACCUCAAGGGAAGAACAUCGCCAGUGCUGUUAAGGUGGUGGAAACUGCAAUCUCUCUACAAGAAGCUGGGUGUUUCGCCGUCGUCCUAGAAUGUGUUCCUCCAGAAGUUGCAGCUGCUGCUACAGCUGCUCUCCGCAUUCCCACCAUAGGCAUUGGAGCAGGGCCUUUCUGUAGUGGACAAGUGCUAGUUUACCAUGAUCUACUCGGCAUGCUUCAACACCCGCAUCAUGCUAAGGUGACCCCGAAAUUCUGCAAGCAAUUUGCACAAAUUGGAGAUGUCAUCAACAAAGCUUUAUCAGAUUACAAGGAAGAGGUAUCUAAUGGUUCAUUUCCCGGACCGCUCCAUAGCCCAUAUAAGAUCAGCGACAACGAUUACAACGGUUUCUUGAAAGAGUUACGAAGUAUGGGAUUGGAUGGGGCAGCAUCUGCAGCUGCUGCUAAAGCCAACCAAUGAUUAAACUCAGCUGCAUUCACUGCCUCGCCCUCUUGGUAGUCUAGCCUUUCGAGUUUUAGAUCAUUUAUGGAAUUUAUCAGUUGGGACAAUUCGUUCUUAGAAUCAUUAGCUGAAGAACACUUGAACCACUAGAACACUAUUAUCCCCUUUAGUUAUAGCUGAUAUGAAGAUGUGUUUGGAUU